UAAAUGAACUCAUUAAAUUAGAAUAAAGUUAAUAAAUUCCACUUAAACAUUUUUAUUUUGUUGUUCACAUGCUAACAUAUUGUAUCAAUCGAAAGCUUACUGUACCCUGCGUGGUAAACAAACAUGGCAUUAACAACAGAUCGUAACACAAGAAAUUAGGAAUAUACUUUUAUAAAAAACAAGAAACUAAAGAUUUAAAACUAAGAAACAAUGCGGACCAGCUACAAAAAGAACCGGCCCUUCGACUUCAAGCUCAUUUCCUUGGUAGAACCCAAUCCCGUGCUCUACAAACGAUCCGGACUCUCGAACUACGAAGCCAUGAAGGCCAAAACGGACAUUUGGGCCCAGAUUUCGCAAAAAAUGGGUUGCGAUGUGGACUUUUGCCUGAUGCGCUGGAACAACCUUCACUACCAGUUCCGCAAGGAGUUUCGUCGGGCGGACACCAGUGGCUCCACCUGGCCCUACCUGGAACGCCUCCGUUUCCUGGCCGACAGCCAGCCGCGUCCCAAAGCCAGAAGCAAAGCCAAAGCCAAGGAUUCCCCAGACAAGGAGGCCACAGAUAUUAACGAAAAAGAAACCACCGUCCAGUUCCUGUGGGAGACGUACGAAGAUGGGGAAAUAACGCAAACACCAAGCACAUUUAUCAUAGAGGAGAUCGUCGAGGAGCCCAGCGAGCAGAUCAUCCAGGAAGAGAUCAUAUACGAGGAGGAAGAGGAGCCCCCCCAACCAGCGCAGAUACUGUCUCCCCAAAGCAGCUACCUCCAGAUGGACCAAGUCCUCGCCCAGCUCAAGGAACCCCAGCGAAAGCGGGCUGAGCGCAGAAUCACCGCCUUCCUGCUCAAGUGCCAGCUGCGUGCCUUAAGUAAUCAGUCCGUGGAGGACCUGGUCAUAUAGCUUUACAUACUCUCUUUAACUUUAUUAAAAAAACAUAAACUUAGA